AAUGUUCUAUUUACUUAUGGAUUGAGUUGACCUUACUAGAUGUAAGUUUGUGAGCGGCAGCCUUGUGUUGAGUUGUGCCAUCCUUCUACCAAUACAUAACAUGGCCAGUCCCAGGACUAGAAAUGUGCUCAAAGACUUGAGGCUCACUCAAGAAAACAAUAGAUGUUUCGACUGUGGUACCUUUUCUCCGCAGUGGGUGAGUGUGUCCUAUGGCAUCUGGAUCUGUCUGGAGUGCAGUGGCAAACACAGGGGACUGGGAGUACACAUCAGCUUCGUCAGAUCUACCACAAUGGAUAAAUGGAAAGACGCUGAGUUGAAUAAAAUGAAAGUGGGAGGCAACGCCAAUUUCAAAUCAUUCCUCAAGACACGCAGUGACGUCACAGACAAAUCUCCCUUCGCAGACAUUUAUGCGAGCAAAUCAGCUGCACUCUAUCGAGAUAAGAUCUCGACCCUAGCUGAAGGUCGCGCCUGGUCUGAAGAGACCUCCCCAGCCCAGAGUUACAUUCCACACAAGCCAGCAGGCUCAGCCGGACUGAAAGUAGUGAACAAGAAUGGAGUGUCUUCUGUGAGACCAGCUGACAGUAAUGUUAAUUUGGACAAAGACAGUCUGGAAGACUUCCUUAGCAGUGACGCCCACUUGAAGAGCAAGGAUGAUUUCUUCACCAGAUUACAGCACGAAAAUGAGAGCAAACGCGAUGACAUUCCCCCUAGCCAAGGUGGCAAGUAUGUGGGGUUCGGAAGUGCCCCUCCGAAGGAACCCCAGAACAGCCAAAUGGAGGGAGUCACUGGAUCACUAUACUCGGGUCUGAGUGCUCUCUCCUCGUCUGCCUACAAGUGGGGCUCAGUGGCCAAAGACAACGCAGUCAAACUGGGCACAGUUGCCAAGAAGGGAGCAGGUCAACUGGGCUCUACGAUGAAUGAGAACAUAAUUAAGCCGACCAGUUCUAAAUACCAAAGUGGCACUCUAUUCACUGACUUGGGAACUGGGGCAGCCUCCCUAGCAUCCAAGGUUCAAGAGACGGGGUUCAAAAUGUGGAGUGACCCAUACGGUCAAGGUCAACAGAGCUCAACGACCCCUUCCUACCAAUCAGCGGGGGACAACUACAACAGUGGAAACACAGGCGACAAUGACAACUCAGCAGGAGAUUUCAGUCAGCACAGUUCCUUUUAUGGCUCGUCUAGUUCCAAUAAGCAGCCGAGAAGCAGUCAGAAUGGAAAUAGUGCGGCGGAUGGUUGGAAUGAUAGUUCCUGGGACGACUGGGGUUCCUCUGGCACCUCGAAUACAUCCUCGAGCAGACCCAAAUCUGGAUCAGCCCGAGGAGGAUCCAGGGACCAAGCGAAGGGACUGGAUGAAGAUCUGGACAACCCCUGGGAUGAGUCAGCAUGGGAUGCAGUCGAGCAGGAGUACCAGAUGAAAAUGAGUCUGAAGUAAAAAAAAAAAAGAAAGGAGAGAAGAAUUUUUGGAUGGAAUGAUAAUUUUAUUUUCAAGUGACGUCAGAAAAAUGCAAGUCAUAUUAUCACUAGAAAUGAAUGUCAGCAGAAACGAUAUUAGAAGUUAAGUGGAAGCAGAUCUUGGAAGAGAUGCCAUCAAAAUGGAAGGACUGUGUAAUUAAUUACUUGAUAUAGUCGCACAGAUUAACUGAAUUGUAUGUUUAGUGGUUUUGUGGCAACUUCAAAAUUCCAGCAAGGAAUGCUAUUGAUUAACAAAAUUAUUCUUGAGGUUAGAGAGAUUUGAAGAUGUUACACAACCAGCUAGAUUUAUAUGAAAGUUGAAUAAUAAUACAACAGAACAGUUCUUUCGGUAAAAUUUUGCGAAGUAUCAGGUUUUUAGGGGCUAAUUAUUAAUUUCAAGGUCAAGGAAUGCAGAUUUGUAUUAGUUAGAGCUCACAACUGUUGUUAACUUCACUUUUUGGUAUUAGUAUGUUUCAUUUGUAAUAUGAUAAUCCUUUUUUCAGACAAAGUAUAAAACAAACUAUACAAAUUCAUUUUGAAAUAUUCGAUAUCACUCAUAAGUUUUUGUGCAAUAAGUAUGAGUAUUCCCGGUUUUUAUCAAUUUGACCGCCCAUUAAUGUAUUGUACGUGUAUAUGAGUUAUACGGGAAUGUCUAUAAAUAUAUUUAAUUUGAAAUCUUAGAGCUUA